AUGGAGGAUCCGCUGGCUGCAUCCAACCUUGACAAGGCACCCCACGCUAGGCGAGCUGCAUGCCUUAACUGUAGAAGGAGCAAGAUCCGAUGCAAUCGAAGCCGAGGUGAUGAUGCAUCUUGUGACAAAUGCAAGCAGGCCAACCUAGAAUGCAUUGUGCCCAGUCACCAUGUCGGCAGGCAAAAGGGUGUCAAAAACAAACGAAAAGGUCUUGAAAAGGCGCUGCAUCAGAUAGAGGAGGCCAUUAAGCGACCCAAGUCCGACGAGUCAGGAUCCAGUGCCCCCCAGAACAUCAUCUCGAACCUUCAAGACCUGCUCAACAAAAUACAGGGACAGCGACUACCCAGCGAGACAGACGACCCGUCCGAGGAUCCCGAUCGAUUUCGAGCCGUUCAAUCCCCUCAUGAGAUCAACGCUGGCGACGGACUCUCCUUGGACGAUGCGGAAAACCCGCUGCAGUUGCUCGCCCGCGCAUCCGACCUCCAACUAUCACCUCCGAAAGCGCGUGCGACAAUCAAAUGGCCGUCCUUAGGCUCGGUGGAGCCUGCCGGCGCCCCCCGGGACAGCCUCGAUGGCAGUCUCACUGCUGCGAGGUCCUUCUUUGUUCCCGCCAAGGCAAGGCUGGAUACCGGCCCAGACAUGGAUCCCAUUGAUCUGGGGCUCGUGACUUUGCACGAGGCCGAGACGCUGUUCUCGUUUUUCUAUCAGAACCUGGCACAUACUCGAUGGGGCCUUGACCCUCUUGUUCAUACGGCACAAUUCGCGCGUGCCCAAUCCGCUUUCCUAUUUACUUCGAUUAUGGCGGCGGCCGCCUUGUUCAUGCCUUCUGCUGCUGCACUAUCCAAGAGGCUAUCCAGACACUGCAAAUCAUUGGCCCAAAUGGUCAUCACUGAGCGUCUCCGGUCGGUAGAGAUUGUUCUCGCGUUCAUGGUGAAUGUCCCGUGGAUGGCCCCCGGAAGCUGUCUAGGCGAUGAUGAUACAUGCUAUUACAUAGCCAUGGCUCUGACCGUUGCCCUAGACUUGUCCUUGAAUAAGAUCGUGCUUCCAUCGACCAGUUUUGAAAGUAGUCUUCUCAGGAGACUGGCCAAGGCAGAUAGUAUCGAUGCCAGGAGAGCAUUGAGCAUGGAUGGGUUUGAAGACGUAGACCCAGCUUCCGAGUGGGGUCAGAGACUUCUGAGGAGAAGAGAAAGGGUUUGGAUUGCGCUUUUUGUGCUUGAAAGAGGCGUUUGCUUGGCUCACGGGAGAAGUUACACGGUUCCCCCAACCUCUCUAAUUAGGAACUGCGAUAAAUGGCAUGUUUCCAACUUUGCCGACUCUCGUGAUGGGCCGUUGAAUUCGAUGGCAGUUCUCCGUCGAAAUUUGGAUGAAUUAUUCCACAGAGUCAGGUCUAACUGCGACAGUCACCAGAUCGCUGACACUGGAUCCGAAGCUGCCCAAUCGAUCAAAACGAUGAUAGAAAGCUUCUAUGACAAGUGGUAUGAAACCUGGGCACCGGCAAUUGGAGAAGGUCAAACACACUCUCUUCCGCCUUACGUCGAAAUCUUGGUGACCCAUACUCAGUUGUCAACGUAUGGAGGCGUGAUCAACCAUCCAACGGCGCCGCUCGAAGUCAAGCGGUUCUUCCGCGCUGCUGGUCUCUCAUCGGCGUUGAAUGUCUUAAGGGCAGCCAUCCAGGGCGAAUCGCGCCUGAAAUCCAUGCCCAACAACACCGUGAUCAUGAUAUCGUAUGCCGCCUGCUCUGCGCUCAGUCUCAGCGAGAUGCCGGCAGACAGCCGGUCCAGCCUGGCCCCCAGUGUGCGGACUCUGAUCGAAGAAACUGCCGGCGUCCUGGAGCGGAUUGGGGCAACGCCAAACCACCGGAGCGGUGCAUCCUUCCUGUACGGACGCUUCUUACGGGAGCUCGUCCGGCGGUCCCCAGGAAACCCGGGCGCUCCAGCCCCAGCGGAAUCCCACGCCGUAACCUCCACCGAGAGUCUCCCGCCCCCGUCAACCCUGGAUGGGUACGGCCCAAUACCUUCCUCGACGCAGCAACCAUUUGAAGCACCUUUGUUCUGGUCCGAGCCGCUGCAGUUCUCUGCGAUGUCGGAUGACCAGAUCGUCGAUGCCGUGAACCGAGCGGGGACGGCAUUUGGAACGAGCGUUCCCGACGUGCCCCUGGACGACAUGAUGAAUUGGGAAUGGCUUGACCUUGGCAAUCCCACGGAUUUUAGCUUCUGA